AUACCUAGCCAAAACACUGGUCAUUUUACCAUAUCUUACGAUGGAUCUUUGAUGGCUAUGAUUGCCCGCAGCUCACAAGUGUUUGUUUUUUCUGUAGUGGUAAGUCCCCUUUCCGACAACUGGGUCUACCGCCUAGGCUUGAAGUUCACUUUAGUCGAUGGAGUUGGUGAAAACGCUAUCUGCUUCCGCAAAUGUUACAUCUCUACAAUUUCUACCGUACUCUAA